CUCUUCAAUUCUAUCUCAGGUUCACCCUUGUGUGGGUAUCAUCUAUCAUCGGAUUAUUUUUUGCUCUGCUCAAUGAAAGUUUGAAACUUUAUCAGCUUAAUUGAAGCUAUUUGAAUUUAAUAUUCCUGUGCGAACAAAAAAAAAAAAAAAUCAGAAGUAGAACUGUUUGUUGGAAGUGAAUCUGAUUGGUUCUGAAGAUCGUACAAAACAUACGUUGAUGUUUCUGAAAAUGUAUUUUUUAUAAAAAAGAUUCAGACUUUUUUUUUUUGGCUUUUGUAGUCUUGGUUUGGUUUCAGCUAUAUGCUUCGAUUGAGUCUUUUUGAAUGUUAUGGACGAGAUUGUUAGCUCCAGACUAUUGGUUUCUAAGGGGUUAAGGGACAAACACUCUGUCUCAAAAGGACCAUGCGUUAAUAACCGUGGAGUUCUCAUGACCAUGUCUACGUACGCUGCAUUGGGUAAAGGAGGUGGUGUGUUGGACAAACCAAUUAUAGAGAAAACUACUCCUGGUCGUGAAUCCGAGUUUGAUUUGAGGAAAUCAAAGAAGAUGGCUCCACCAUACAGGGUGAUACUACACAACGACAACUUCAACAAGAGGGAAUAUGUGGUUCAGGUGUUGAUGAAGGUCAUACCAGGCAUGACUGUUGACAACGCAGUUAACAUUAUGCAAGAAGCCCACAUCAACGGUUUGGCAGUUGUGAUCGUCUGUGCUCAGGCCGAUGCAGAGCAACACUGUAUGCAGCUUCGCGGUAACGGCCUUCUCAGCUCUGUUGAACCUGAUGGUGGAGGCUGCUGAAAAACAACUAGUUUAAAUUUCGUAUAGUUUCCACAACUCUAUUUAGUCCAAAAAAAAAGAAUAUGUAUAUAAAAAUCAUAACUUUGGUACUAAGACUGUUACUAUAUGCAGUGGACUUUGCUUUAUAAAUCUUUUGUUGAGUUUAUC